AUGACCAACCGCUUGCAGAUCCGGGGGGAGUCGGAGGCAAUUCUACAACGGCUCCGCGAGCUUCUACGGCAACUCAGCAAUCCGAAGAAGCUCCACGUGGAACAGCGGAAGCAUCUGUUUCAUCCUUUGCACAAGGGUGCACCAGUCCAGGGUGAGAAUCUGGAAUUGGACCGCGUCACAGUGGGGUUCAACCAGAGCACUGGGGAGCGCUUUGUGUUAGAGGACCGUUGGACGGCUGCUGUAAAAGAUCCCCAGAAAGACCAGUGGAAUGGUUGGGCAUUCUUCCGGGUUAAAUCUUUCAAUGUGCCUGGAGGUACCGGAUUUGACCAUCCUGAUCGAGUUCGAGGUGAUCCUUCUGAACAAGUUCGAGGUGAUCUUUCCGAACAAGUUCGAGGUGAUCCCUAUGGAAACUUGGUUAUGAAAGGGCGACUGCAGCAAGUGCCUCAGCAGAUGCCGGUGACUCCUGGGUAUGGCCGUGGUACGGCAAGGGAUCGUGCCCGCCUAGUGGUUGAUGACUUGGAACAUUGGGGAGUCGUUGGUGGUGAAGAUGCCGAUGAUGAUGCCUGGAGCCACGUAACCGACGUCUGA